AUGCAAAUCAAAGUGAUUCCAGUCUCGGGAACGCCCGCUUCAAUAGAGAUCGAGCCAAAAUCAAUCAGCAGUGUCGAUGUGGAGAUCAAUGCUAACGAUGCAAACACUGGAACAAACAUUCAUUUUGGUGUACAGCACAGAUCAACAAUGAGAUUAUGGAUUAGUUCAAGUCGGGGAAAAGCUUUUCCUAUCGAUGUCUAUGCAGUUGAUCCAAUCUAUUCAAUUAAAGAAAAGAUUAGAGAACGAGAGAAGCUUCUCAUUGCACAACAAAGAUUGACUUUUGAAGGUUUGACUCUAUCGGAGAACUAUGAUUUGAUUGGUGGCUCGAAAUUGAAAGAAAACUCUGAAGUGCAACUGAACUCUAGAUAUGGUUAUUUAUUCGAUCACACCAGUGGAUCUCAGCAAAUGGUUCGUGUUUAUGUGAAAGUAAACUCUCAAGAUCAUAUAACUCUCGAUGUUAGCGGUCUUUCGGCACAAUCACUUGAAAUUGAAUGUAUUAAAAGUGCCACUUCAUCGAAUCUUAAUGUUCAUUGUACUGUUCGAGAAUUUCCUUUAUUGAAGAUUUAUGUCGAGAAAGAGGAUGGAUUGAGACAACUUUAUGAAAUAAAACCCCGACAACAAGUGAUUGCUUUGAAAGAAAUGAUCACUGAAAGGGAACCGAGGAUUAUUUUGCUAGCACAACAGAGAUUGUUCUUGGAUGGUUCUGAACUAGCUGAUGAACGAACAUUUGAAUCAUACAAUAUCCUCAAAAACACCACUAUUCAACUUCAAAAGACACAACAAUGGGAAUCACAGUUUGAAGAU